CCCCAGGCCGUCCCCCUCCUCCUCCCGCCGCGGAUCCUCCAGACAGCGAGGCCCCCGGCCGGGGCAGGGGGGACGCCCCUUCGGGGCACCCCCGGCUCUGAGCCGUCCGCGAAGCCACCUCCGCCCGAGCCGGCAAAAGAGCAGGCGAGGAGCCGUCCGAGGCCCCAGAAUCUGAGUCUAGCCGCCGCAGCCACUGCGGGGAGGAGGGGGAGGAGGAGUGGGAGGAGGGACGAGCUGGUUGGGAGAAGAGGAAAAAAGUUUUGAGACUUUUCCGCUGCUACUACGAGCCGGAGACGCGGGGACCGCUUGGCGCUGCGCUGUCCCACAGAGGCAGAACCUAGGAACUCCAGACCGCCCUGCUCACCGUCGUGGACGUUUGCUCGCUACACGGCGUUCCUCAGACGCCCCUAUCCCGGACCAGCCCUCGAGAGCCGCAAGCCCCGCCUCCCGCGAAGACUUCACCCCAAAACCGGGGCGCACCCCUUGCACGCCGCCCUUCCCCCAGCCUGCCUCCUGAGUCCCCCGCAUCCCAGGACCCUCUCUCCCCCAGGAGGCUGAUCUCCCUCAGAUCUGCUGGCAGUAGCUCCCCUAUUUAAGAACACUCACUUUUUGGUCCCAGAGAGAGCGUUCAUCUCUUUUUUCCCCCCGGUGGCAUACUGAGACAUCCUGUGUCAGAGCCUCACCGUGACUUCUGCUGCUUUCUCCCUCAACCUCAAAUUACUCAGGACUCUCUGCUACCUUUCCUUGGGAGACCCCCCCCCAAACCCUGCAGGGGCGGGGCCUCCGCAUCCCACCUUUGCCCGGGGUUCGCGCUCUUCGCAUUGCCGCGGGGCGCCGCCUCUCCCAUGCCGCCCUCGGGGCUGCGGCUACUGCCGCUUCUGCUCCCGCUCCCGUGGCUUCUAGUGCUGACGCCCGGGAGGCCAGCCGCGGGACUCUCCACCUGCAAGACCAUCGACAUGGAGCUGGUGAAGCGGAAGCGCAUCGAAGCCAUCCGUGGUCAGAUCCUGUCCAAACUACGGCUCGCCAGUCCCCCGAGCCAGGGGGAGGUGCCGCCCGGCCCGCUGCCCGAGGCCGUGCUUGCUUUGUACAACAGCACCCGCGACCGGGUAGCUGGCGAGAGCGCCGACCCGGAGCCGGAGCCCGAGGCGGACUACUACGCCAAAGAGGUCACCCGCGUGCUAAUGGUGGAUCGCGCCAACCCAAUCUAUGAAAAAACCAAAGACAUCCCACACAGUGUAUAUAUGUUCUUCAAUACGUCAGACAUUCGGGAAGCAGUGCCUGAACCCCCACUGCUGUCCCGGGCAGAGCUGCGUCUGCAGAGACUCAAGUCAAGAGUGGAACAACACGUGGAACUCUACCAGAAAUACAGCAACAAUUCCUGGCGUUACCUUAGUAACCGACUGCUGUCCCCCACUGAUACACCUGAGUGGUUGUCUUUUGACGUUACCACAGUCGUCCGACAGUGGCUGAGCCAAGGAGACGUAAUACAGGGCUUUCGCUUCAGCGCCCACUGCUCUUGUGACAGCAAAGAUAACGUACUCAGCGUGGAAAUCAACGGGAUCAGUCCCAAACGUCGUGGUGACCUGGCCUCUAUUCAGGACAUGAACAGACCCUUCCUGCUCCUCAUGGCCACCCCACUGGAGAGGGCCCAACACCUGCACAGCUCGAGGCACCGCAGAGCCCUGGAUACCAACUACUGCUUCAGCUCCACCGAGAAGAACUGCUGUGUGCGACAGCUGUACAUUGACUUUCGGAAGGACCUGGGCUGGAAGUGGAUCCAUGAGCCCAAGGGCUACCAUGCCAACUUCUGUCUGGGGCCCUGUCCCUACAUUUGGAGCCUGGACACACAGUACAGCAAGGUUCUUGCUCUCUACAACCAACACAAUCCGGGUGCUUCGGCGUCACCGUGCUGUGUGCCACAGGCGCUGGAGCCGCUGCCCAUCGUGUACUACGUGGGUCGCAAGCCCAAGGUGGAGCAGCUGUCCAACAUGAUUGUGCGCUCCUGCAAGUGCAGCUGAGGUCCCGCCCCGCCCCGCCCCGCCCCUCCCGGCAGGCCCGGCCCCGCCCCCCGCCCCGCCCGCAGCGCUCGGGGCCGUAUUUAAGGACACCUGCACCCCUGCUAAGCCCACCAUUAAUGGGGGUGUCCAUUAAAGGUGAGAGAGGACUGGUAGUCUCCGUGUCAUUGGGCACCCGAUUGCGUCUCCCUCCUUACUGAGGCUCCUGCGCAUCGUCCCACCACCCAGUGCCGCUGCCUCCAGCUCUUAACAAAAACCCCAGGGUUCCAAGUGGGCAAUGCCGGCGCCCAGAGGGAAACUAUUAUAAACUAGACUCGGGGAUCGA